CGUACAUGUACUUAAAUAAAAUGUAAUGUUUACAUAAAUUUCGAACAAAAUGCACUGCAAAACAAAUCUGGUAUUAAUAAUUAGUCCAAAAUUUAAAAAUGUGCGCCUUCCAAUGAGUAACUUAUAAAUCUGUGUAGCUUCUAAAGAUUCAUAAAAUUGUACAAAUUAUUUGUGAUGUUUUCCUCUAAUUUAAGGUUAGGUUGCCUGUUAACAAUUAUAUGUGUAAGUUGUAUUGUAAUCUUUUACCAGUUACAAAUUUAUAAAUUGUAUGAUGAAAUUGACAACUUAGCGCAGCUACAAAGAAAAGCAGCAAACGAGCUAUUAGAACAGAAGGACAACUACGAAAAUGAUUUGGUGGUUAUCUACAAUAGGGUUCCGAAAACUGGAUCGACAAGUUUUGUUGGCAUCGCGUACGACUUGUGUAAGCGAAAUCGCUUUCGUGUACUACACAUUAAUAUUACUGCCAAUAAUCAUGUUUUAUCGUUACCAAAUCAGUUUAAAUUUGUCGAAAAUAUUACCCACUGGAAUGUUAUGAAGCCGGCUUUGUAUCAUGGGCAUUUUGCAUUUUUGGACUUUUCAAGGUUUGGUGCAAAGAAACCUUUAUUUAUAAACAUCAUACGUAAACCUUUGGAUAGGUUGAUCUCCUAUUAUUAUUUUUUGAGAUACGGUGAUAAUUUCAGACCCUAUUUAGUUAGGAGGAAGCACGGAAACACAAUGACGUUUGAUGAAUGCGUCAAGAAUGAUUUACCCGAUUGUGAUCCUAAUAAUAUGUGGUUACAAGUGCCAUUUUUCUGUGGACACGCGGCCAAUUGUUGGAAGCCUGGUAAUAAAUGGGCUUUAACUGAGGCCAAAAAGAAUUUAGCGAAUAAUUAUUUAUUGGUAGGCGUAACGGAAGAGUUGGAUGAUUUUAUAAAAAUUCUGGAAGUGACGCUUCCGAGAAUGUUUAGAGGUGCAAUGGACCAUUACUUAAACAGCAAUAAGUCACAUUUGCGACAGACUGUUCAGAAAGACACGACGUCUGAUGAAACUAUAAGAAAAAUCCAAAAAACGACCGUGUGGCAAAUGGAGAAUGAACUCUACGAAUUUGCUUUGGAGCAAUUUCAUUUUAUGAAGAGACAAACGCUCGGUGAUAAACCACAGAAGUUUAUUUAUGAAAAAAUUCGACCAAAAUGAAAGGAUUUGUUUUACAUUGGCAAGAUUUUACAUUUUUAUGACUGAUAUACAUUAUUGUACGGGUAACUUAUAUGUGUGUACUUUAUUAACAUAUAUUUGGUUAAUUUAACAAUUUGUUCCUUAAAAGGUAUUUUGUACUUCAUAACUUGUAAGCUCAACGGAGUAAGUAAUAAAAUGUGUGAGAAUGUC